AUGACGGAUACUUUGAUGGAGCCAAAUGAGUUCCAGAAACUCGUUGGAGUCCUUAUGAAGGAAAAAUAUAUUUACGAGCAAAGUGCCGCAGACAAUGUGUUGAGACAACAUCGCCAGUGCACGGAACGCAGUCGCUCUGCAUCACGGACGCCCAACAACUGCCGGUCCCUCAGCAAUGCCAGCCUUGGCAGCCGCGCCGCAAUUCGGCGAAGUGGCAGCGUAAAGUUGGGCGGGCGGCCACCGCGCAUCCCGUCAGGGAGAAGAACACCCAAUCCCGCCCCGGAGGAUUCUUUGCGGAGUGAAUCUAACGAUAGCCGUGGCUUUUCCGAUAUGUCUGUGCAGCACGGCAUUCCCAGCAACGAUGCGGAGAAAAAGAAGAUGGAAGAACUCACGGCAUGUGUGCUAGGGUCCGCUGGACCUCAACUGUUUUCAAACGAUUCUCAUGAGGGCAGCGAAUCUGCAAUGGAGAAACCCGAACCGUCUACUCCGGAGGACGAGGAAGACAGGGUGGAUCAAGGGCCUCUUUCAGCGCAGCCUCCGAUAAGACGCAAUUUAUUACAAAGUCCGCCAGCUGACCAUGAUGAUAACCCUCCAGUAACGACGUGCAAUGAAAUGGAAGAAAAACAACAACCGUUGCAAUUCAUUCCUCCAUUAAUUGCGUGCUCUCGAUGCACACUCCUUGAAUCCAAACUGCAAGACAUGCAAGAAGCCUUGAGCAGGCUCACGGAGGAUGUUAUGCGUAUUGCGGCUGGACAGGCGAAGAACGACGGCAUGCUACAAAGCACUGAUUCCGCAUCGGAAUUUUCUGGGAAUUUGAAGGAGUUGAGUGGCUCAACCGAAGAGAAAUUUCUUACUGUCAUCAUUGCACUGGCCAAGCGGGUGCGUCGCCUGGAAGUGGACUUGGAAGCAUCAUUGGAACAAGUACGGGUGAUGGAAUCAGCCGCUAUUGAAAGGGAUAUGAAGCUAAACCGCACCAAGGUGGACCAUAAUGAAAUUGAGGAAGUGGUCGCUAAGGCGUUGUCGAACAAGUACAUGGAAGACUUCAAUGAACUAACAAAUUUUUAUCGAAUGUGGGAAUUAAACCCAAAGGAUGUGCGACAGGCUCUCGACUCAUCGAGUUUGUCGUCCUGUAUAGAUCUUCUUUUACGUACACCGCCGUUUGCUCGUGUUUUACGGAUAAUGAUGGAUAAAGAUAGUGAAAUACUGAACGCGCUUCAUGAGCAACAGCGUUGCAGCCUUGAGGCAGAACGUCGCGCCUACUAUGAGUCCAAGCCGUUACCCAACAAUCAAGUUGAUGGUUCUUUGACGACUGUUCAAAAAGAAAUAAUUCCUCUUCAUGAGCAACUAUUGGGGAUAUAUUUGGCGGAUGAAGAGGGCUUGGAGGGGGUGCGUGUGAUAUCCGUCCCUGCGGCAUCCCAAGCAGUGCACGCUGUGAGUUAUGGGGAUGUGAUAGUUCAAGUCAAUCAUGUCACAGUACAUUCUGUGGCUGAUGUAUCGUAUGUGCUUUCGCGUACACGACCUUCCGCUCCCGUUGCACUUUCUAUUUUGGCACGCAACAAGCCGUAUUUGCGGAUUGUUGAGGUGCAGCCUACCGAAAUUUUUUGA